AUGCAGGUCCAGAUGCCUUCGCUUUUACGAACCAAGUCGCAGCGCCAGGCAUGCCGGAAGCAAAUCAACAGACAGUCAGCAUCAAUGCCACUCUUAGCCAUCUCCUACGAGGACGUUGCGGAAGCCCCUGGUACCAUGCUCAUGUCUCGAUCUGGAUCGCAUCGUCGCCCCGUCACAAGGCCAUCGACACGACAUCCUUCGACGCGCGCCAGUGCGCUUCUGUCAAUCGACCAGCAGUCGCAGGUACCCUCCCGGAUGGGCACGCCAGCGAGUGCACGACACGGCGACACAGAGAGCGUCUUUGAGCGCCGUCUCAAUGCCAUAUUUAUGCGCACAGCACGAAGCGCAGACAGCACCCGGCCAUCGACAGCAGCGGCCGUCAGCAGCGAGCGGCAUUACAACGGGGAAUGA